AUGGUACAUUCCAAGCGUUCUUCAUCAGUGUCUCUUCUGUUUCUCUGCAUUAGCACAGUCCUUGCUAGCUUCUAUGAUUCGACUUCAGUCUCACAAGCUCGGAUACCGUCAUCGUCCUUGUCUCCUUCAGGCGCCAGGCUGUCGUCUCGUCUCCGUGGGGGAUCCGCCUCGUUGCCUCAUCCAGCGAACUCAUCGGGCUGGUUGGAUGUCGACGAGAGAGAGCAGGCGGAGCAUGCAGAAGCCUCGAUGACCCAUAGGCUCCCAUCCUUCCGAGAUGAGGACCCGACGGAGUCCGAUGGGAAGCAGCGGGCAAGCAUUGUGUAUGAGGGGAUAAGGCCUUCGAUCUCGCUGCGAGACGCCUGGCACUCUCCCUCCACCGAGCCCUCGGCUCCUCUUGACCCUCAGGUCCAGCUGAAGUGGCACAACCAGCUCAUGAAGGAGGCCAAACAGAUGGGAAAGCUGCAGGAUCAUAGGAGCAAGGAGGGCAGGAGAGCGGCGGCCAGGUUUGACUCUGCCGAGUCGUAUGACAGCGAGCUCCAGCAUAGCUCGAGCCUGAGGGCGAGGAGCGAGGAGCGAGAGAGCUUGCAGCAGCCUGCCAGGAGGCCCUCGAGCAGGAGGGAGGGAAGCUCCACAGAGGCUUCCUCCACCAUCCUCCGGUUCAAAGUUGACGUGCUGGGGCUGAGGGAGGGAGAGGAGGUGCUGGUAGUGGGCAACCAUGGGAAGCUAGGGAGCUGGGAUCCUGAUCGCGGGCUGGAGCUGAGCAGCGAGGGAGACAGGAAGGAGUGGAGGGGGGAGGUGGAGCUGAUGCUCCCUGGGGACCUGGUGGCCUACGAGUACAAGUACGUGGUGAGGUCGGGUAAGGAGUACAGGUGGGAGGUCAAGAUACCUAACAGAAAGGUCACGAUCCCGUCUGACUUCUUCGGAAUGAUCGUAGUCGUCCAAGACGGCACGUUCAACAUGAUGAGCCCCACCAGGGUGCUGCUUCCCCAGCCCCGGGAGGAUCCACGGGAGGACGCCGAAGACUUCGGGCGGGAGGAGGAGGAGGCGGAGGCGGAUGAGAGGCAGGAGCAGGCUGCUGCUGGAGCAGAAGAGGGAGAGGGCAGAUCUUUAGAUGGAAACCUGGAGGCCAGGUCAUGGCAUACCCUUGAGAGGGAGCAGCUCGAAGAAGCGUCUGGCAGGCCGGCAGCAGCAACAGCAGGAGCAGGAGCAGCGGAGGAGGAGCAGGAGGCAGCGGAGGCUGGGGGGGAGGAGGAAGACGCAGACGAGAAGACUCUUCUGCAGCGGGAGCUGGAGGUGACGAGGUCGAAGCUGAGCCUCAUGCUGUCCAUGGUCGACAGCCUGCAGGACGCGC